AUGGAAGAGAUCCUAAGGAAGCUGCAGAAGGAGGCGUCCGGGAGCAAGUACAAAGCCAUCAAAGAGAGCUGCACCUGGGCCCUGGGUAAGCGCGCCGAGCGGGGCGCCCGGCACCUGCCGGCGGGGCCGGUUCGCCGCCUCCGGAGGGCCGCGCCGGGGAGGGCUGUGAUGGCCCUUGUGCAGGGUGGGGAGGGGAAGCUGAGCAGCUAUGACCGAUGCUUUUUCGCGCAAUUGCGAGAGUUGCCUCGGAGAACUGAUGGGUCCCCUGCACGGCGGAAGACGAUCACCCAUCUCCGAGUUCGGAUCACAAGCCGGUGGGAAAACACCGGCCUGAUUCCAAAACGCCUGUGGGCUAGAGGGAAGUUGAACCGUCAGCCGCGGUCUCAAUGUGAAUUCCUUAGAAUGCUCUUUGGAAUCCAGCCCCAGCCUUCUUUCCUGGCGCCCUCACAGCAGGGGUUCAUCGGUCCCCAGGAGAAAUGCUUGCUGCCCCUCCAGUUGGCUUUGGAAUCCAAGAAUGUGAAACUGGCUCAACAUGCCUUGGCAGGGAUACAGAAGCUCCUGGCGGAAGAGAGGUUUGUAUCCAUGGAAACGGACUCUGAUGAGAAGCAGCUGCUCAAUCAGAUCCUGAACGCUGUGAAAGUGACGCCUUCCCUCCACGAAGACCUGCAGGUGGAAGUGAUGAAGGUUUUACUGUGCAUCACCUACACUCCAACCUUUGACCUGAAUGGUAGUGCAGUGCUGAAGAUCGCGGAGUUGUGUUUCGCAUGCCAUAAAGCUGGAUGUCCACAAAUGCAUGAAAUGAUCAAAAUGUCCCUUAGGACACUCCUCACUGCCCUGUGUCUUCGCGCCUUCCCUGACAGUCCAGGGCCGGUGGCUUUUCACAAGGUGUGCAUUGAAACAUACAUAUGUAGCUGUCACCAGCGUAGUAUAAACACUGCUGUGCGGGCAACUCUCAGUCAAAUGCUGAGUGAUUUGACUUUACAGUUACGACAAAGGCAGGAGAACACGAUAAUUGAAAACCCGGAUGUCCCCCAGGAAUUCAGGAGUCAAGGGUCAACAGUAGAGUCCCUCUGUGAUGACCUCGUCUCCGUGCUCACCGUUCUGUGUGAGAAGCUCCAAGCCGCCAUCAACGACAGCCAGCAGCUGCAGCUGCUCUACCUGGAGUGCAUCCUGUCUGUGCUCAGCAGCUCCUCCUCCUCCAUGCAGCUGCACCGCGGCUUCACAGACCUCAUCUGGAAGAACCUUUGCCCGGCUCUCAUCGUGAUCCUGGGGAAUCCGAUUCACGAUAAAACCAUCACCUCCGCACACAGCAGCAGCAUGAGCACCAGCAUCGAGGCAGACUCUGCAUCUCCUGGGGUUUCCGACCACGGCCGGGGCUCGGGCUGUUCCUCCACGGCGCCGGCGCUGAGCGGGCCGGUGGCCCGCACCAUCUACUACAUCGCGGCGGAGCUGGUGCGGCUGGUGGGGCCGGUGGACUCCAUGAAGCCGGUGCUGCAGUCCCUCUACCACCGCGUGCUGCUCUACCCGCCUCCCCAGCACCGCGUGGAGGCCAUCAAGAUCAUGAAAGAGCUACUUGGGAGCCCAAAGCGUCUCUGUGAUUUGGCAGGACCCAGCUCCACUGAACCUGAAUCGAGAAAAAGAUCAAUUUCAAAAAGAAAGUCUCACCUGGAUCUUCUCAAACUCAUCAUGGACGGCAUGACCGAGGCGUGCGUCAAGGGCGGCAUCGAGGCCUGCUACGCCGCCGUGUCCUGCGUCUGCACCUUGCUGGGGGCCUUGGAAGAGCUCAGUCAGGGCAGGGGCUUGAGCGAAAGUCAGGUCCAGCUGCUGCUGCUGCGCCUGGAAGAGCUGAAGGAUGGGGCCGAGUCCAGCCGCGACUCCAUGGAGAUCAAUGAGGCCGACUUCCGCUGGCAGCGGCGAGUCCUGUCCUCGGAACACACACCCUGGGAGUUGGGGAAUGAGCGGAGCCUUGACAUCAGCAUCAGCGUUACCACGGACACGGGCCAGACCACCUUGGAGGCAGAGUUGGGUCAGACCACACCCGAGGACCACUCAGAAAACCCCAAGAAUGGCCUCAAGUCGCCAGCCGUCCAGGAGGGCAAGGAGACUCUGAGUAAAGUGUCAGAACCGGAAGCCGUGGACCAGCCAGACGUGGUUCAAAGGAGCCACACGGUUGCCUACCCCGAUAUAACCAACUUCCUGUCGGUCGACUGCAGGAUGAGGUCCUACGGAUCCAGAUACAGUGAGAGCAACUUCAGCGUGGACGACCAGGACCUCUCUCGGACAGAGUUUGACUCCUGCGACCAGUACUCCAUGGCAGCUGAAAAGGACUCCGGGAGGUCGGACGUGUCGGACAUUGGGUCCGACAACUGUUCUCUAGCUGAUGAGGAGCAGACCCCGCGGGACUGCCUGGGCCACAGGUCCCUGCGGACCGCGGCUCUGUCCCUCAAGCUGCUGAAGAACCAGGAGGCCGACCAGCACAGCGCCCGGCUGUUCGUGCAGUCGCUGGAGGGUCUCCUGCCGCGCCUCCUGGCCCUGCCCAGCGUGGAAGAGGUGGACUCAGCCCUGCAGAACUUUGUCUCUACCUUCUGCUCAGGCAUGAUGCACUCACCCGGGUUUGACGGGAACAGCAGCCUGGGCCUGCAGAUGCUGAUGAAUGCGGACAGCCUGUACUCAGCGGCGCACUGCGCUCUGCUGCUCAACCUGAAGCUCUCCCACGGCGACUACUACCGCAAGCGGCCUGCCCUGGCGCCCAGCACCAUGAAAGAGUUCAUGAAGCAGGUCCAGACCAGUGGGGUGCUCAUGGUCUUCUCCCAGGCCUGGAUUGAGGAACUUUACCACCAGGUUCUCGACAGAAACAUGCUCGGAGAAGCCGGCUACUGGGGCAGCCCUGAGGAUAACAGCCUCCCCCUCAUCACCAUGCUGACGGAUAUCGAUGGCUUAGAGAGCAGUGCAAUUGGAGGGCAGCUGAUGGCCUCAGCUUCGAUGGAGUCUCCUUUCACCCAGGGCAGGAGAAUCGAUGACUCCACGGUAGCAGGUGUGACGUUUGCUCGCUAUAUUCUGAUUGGCUGCUGGAAGAACUUGAUCGACACUUUAUCAACCCCCCUGACGGGCCGAAUGGCCGGCAGCUCCAAAGGGCUGGCCUUCAUCUUGGGAGCCGAAGGCAUCAAAGAACAGAACCAAAAAGAACGCGAUGCCAUCUGCAUGAGCCUUGAUGGGCUGCGGAAAGCCGCGCGGCUGAGCUGCGCUCUAGGAGUUGCAGCCAACUGUGCUUCAGCCCUCGCCCAGAUGGCAGCUGCCUCUUGUGUCCAGGAGGAGAAAGAGGAGAAGGAAACCCAGGAACCCACUGAUGCCAUAGCACAAGUGAAACUAAAAGUGGAGCAGAAACUGGAGCAGAUCGGGAAGCUGCAGGGGGUGUGGCUGCACACAGCCCACGUCCUGUGCAUGGACGCCAUCCUCAGUGUCGGCCUGGAGAUGGGCAGCCACAACCCCGACUGCUGGCCACAUGUGUUCAGGUGCCUCUGUAGUAUCAAAAUAAAAAGAACCUCCCACGACACUUGUAAAAUAAAGGAAGAAUGCUACAGUCCUCCCACGACCAAGAAGAAAAUCCUUCCUCCCCCAUCACUGGCAAUCAGCCAGACCUGCGACAAAAGAAGGACCGCUGUCCCCCAGCAGCAGGCACGGGGCGCCGGCCCACCUUCUUACCCUUCUCCUCGGCACAUCCCCACCACCUCCAGCUCAGUUCUGGCCGAGCAGUGGAGGGGCACCCGGCUCUUUGAAGAUGCUACUGAUAAACUGAACCUCAUGGCUCUGGGAGGUUUUCUUUACCAGCUGAAGAAAGCAUCGCAGUCCCAGCUUUUCCAUUCUGUUACAGAAACAGUUGACUACUCACUGGCAAUGCCAGGAGAAGUGAAGUCCACCCAAGACCGCAAAAGUGCCCUGCACCUGUUCCGCCUCGGGGACGCCAUGCUAAGGAUCGUGCGGAGCAGAGCGAGGCCCCUGCUCCACGUGAUGCGCUGCUGGAGCCUCGUGGCCCCACACCUGGUGGAGGCUGCCUGCCAUAAGGAAAGACAUGUGUCUCAGAAGGCGGUUUCCUUCAUCCAUGAUAUACUGACGGAGGUGCUCACGGACUGGAACGAGCCACCUCAUUUCCACUUUAACGAAGCUCUCUUCCGGCCGUUCGAGCGUAUCAUGCAGCUGGAGUUGUGCGACGAGGACGUCCAGGACCAGGUUGUCACGUCCAUCGGGGAGCUGGUUGAAGUGUGUUCCACCCAAAUCCAGUCAGGGUGGAGGCCCUUGUUCAGCGCCCUGGAAACCGUGCACAGUGGGAACAAGUCUGAGGUGAAGGAGUACCUGGUGGGCGACUAUUCCAUGGGAAAAGGCCAGGCGCCAGUGUUUGAUGUAUUUGAAGCUUUUCUCAAUACCGACAACAUCCAGGUCUUUGCUAACGCAGCCACUAGUUAUAUCAUGUGCCUUAUGAAGUUUGUCAAAGGACUGGGGGAGGUGGACUGUAAGGAGAUCGGAGACUGUGUCCCAGGACCCGGAGCCGCGUCCCCAGACCUGUGUCUCCCCGCCCUGCACUACCUCCGGCGCUGUUCUCAGUUGUUGGCCAAAAUCUACAAGAUGCCCUUGAAGCCGAUAUUCCUUAGUGGGCGACUUGCUAGCUUGCCCCGAAGACUUCAGGAGCAGUCUGCAAGCAGUGAGGAUGGAAUUGAGUCGGUCUUGUCUGACUUUGAUGACGACACUGGUCUGAUAGAAGUCUGGAUCAUCCUCUUGGAGCAGCUCACAGCAGCUGUAUCCAACUGUCCUCGGCAGCACCAGCCCCCCACUUUGGAUUUGCUGUUUGAGCUGUUGAGAGAUGUUACCAAAACACCUGGACCAGGGUUUGGCAUCUAUGCAGUUGUGCACCUUCUCCUUCCUGUGAUGUCUCUUUGGCUCCGCCGUAGCCAUAAAGACCAUUCUUACUGGGACGUGGCCUCGGCUAACUUCAAGCAUGCCAUCGGUCUGUCCUGUGAGCUGGUGGUGGAGCACAUUCAGAGCUUUAUCCACUCAGAUAUCAGGUAUGAGAGCAUGAUCAACACCAUGCUGAAGGAUCUCUUCGAGCUGCUGGUAGCAUGUGUGGCCAAGCCCACGGAAACCAUCUCCCGAGUGGGCUGCUCCUGUAUUAGGUACGUCCUGGUGACAGCGGGCCCCGUGUUCACGGAGGAGAUGUGGAGGCUGGCCUGCUGCGCCCUGCAGGAUGCCUUCUCGGCCACGCUCAAGCCGGUGAAGGACCUGCUGGGCUGCUUCCACAGCGGCACCGAGAGCUUCAGCGGGGAAGGCUGCCAGGUGAGGGUGGCCGCCCCAUCCUCCUCCCCGAGUGCCGAGGCCGAGUACUGGCGCAUCCGAGCCAUGGCCCAGCAGGUAUUUAUGUUGGAUACCCAGUGCUCACCAAAGACUCCAAACAACUUCGAUCAUGCUCAGUCCUGUCAGCUCAUUAUUGAACUGCCUCCUGAUGAGAAGCCAAAUGGACACGCCAAGAAAAGUGUUUCUUUCAGGGAAAUUGUGGUGAGUUUACUAUCCCAUCAAGUGUUACUCCAGAACUUAUAUGAUAUCUUAUUAGAAGAGUUUGUCAAAGGCCCCUCUCCUGGGGAGGAGAAGAUCCAAGGGCCAGAAGCCAAGCUGGCUGGCUUCCUCAGAUACAUCUCCAUGCAGAACUUGGCCGUCAUCUUUGACCUCCUGCUGGAUUCCUACAGGACGGCCAGAGAGUUUGACACCAGCCCGGGGCUGAAGUGCCUGCUGAAGAAAGUGUCUGGCAUCGGGGGCGCUGCCAACCUGUACCGCCAGUCCGCCAUGAGUUUCAACAUUUAUUUCCACGCGCUGGUCUGCGCCGUUCUCAGCAACCAAGAAACCAUCACUGCUGAGCAGGUGAAGAAGGUCCUUUUUGAGGACGACGAGAGGAGCACAGACUCGUCCCAGCAGUGUUCAUCGGAAGAUGAAGACAUUUUUGAGGAGACCGCCCAGGUGAGCCCGCCGAGGGGCAAAGAGAAGCGGCAGUGGAGGGCGCGGAUGCCCUCGCUCAGCGUGCAGCCCGUCAGCAACGCCGACUGGGUGUGGCUGGUCAAGAGGCUUCACAAGCUGUGCAUGGAGCUGUGUAACCACUACAUCCAGAUGCACCUGGACCUGGAGAACAGUGUGGAGGAGGCCCCGCUCUUCAGGAGCGACCCUUUCUUCAUCCUUCCCUCCUUCCAGUCCGAGUCCUCCACCCCGUCCACCGGGGGCUUCUCGGGGAAGGACACGCCUUCCGAGGACGACCGCAGUCAGCCCCGGGACCACGCGGGCGAGCCGCUGGGCCUGAGGGGGACCGGCGGGGAGCUGCUGCUGCUGCCCCCGAGCCCCAAGGUGGAGAAGAAGGACCCCAGCCGCAAGAAAGAGUGGUGGGAGAAUGCGGGCAACAAAAUCUACACCAUGGCGGCCGACAAGACCAUCUCGAAGCUGAUGACCGAGUACAAGAAGAGGAAACAGCAGCGCAGCCUGCCCGUCUUCCCCAAAGAGGGCAAGGUGGAGAAGAAGGGGGAGGCGCUGGGCGCCAGGGGCCAAGGCUCCCCGCUGCUCCAGCGGCCCCAGCACCUGGUGGACCAGGCGCAGAUGCGGCACUCCUUCAGCGCCGGCCCGGAGCUGCUGCGCCAGGAGAAGAGGCCCCGCUCCGGCUCCACCGGCAGCUCGCGGAGUGUCUCCGCGAGGGACGCGGAAGCCCAGAUCCAGGCAUGGACCAACAUGGUGCUAACAGUCCUCAAUCAGAUUCAGAUCCUCCCAGACCAGACCUUCACAGCCCUCCAACCAGCAGUGUUUCCAUGCAUCAGCCAGCUCACCUGCCACGUGACUGACAUCAGAGUUCGCCAGGCUGUGAGAGAGUGGCUCGGUAGAGUGGGCCGUGUCUAUGACAUCAUUAUGUAGAAGAUCCACCUUCCAGGCUCAAGGACAAACACUCGGAGGGUUUAGAGUAUGUCUGCCAAUCCAACUGAUAGCAUUUUCCCCACCACCAGCCCCAGUGUCCCAGAGAACACCCCGUCCGUCCCUAACUAAUCAGCACUAGGGCUAAUCUGGAUAUUAAGGUUAUACGUGGAUGACAUGAGUGAUACUCUAAUUUUGCAGAGCAUUUCUGAAGAGUCUACAUUCCUUGACACAUUUCUAAAUCUUAUUUCCCAAU